AUGGCUGUUUGGAGUUCACUGAAGCUGGGAUCGGCGAUCACCAAAUGUCUGAGUUCGAAGAAAACCGACGUGCUAAAAUCAUCUGCUCUUGUACCAGCUCGCAACAUGAGUGGUCAUCAUCUAAUGAGUAUUAAGGAGACUCGUUGGCAAUGGACAAAGUUCAAGGAUUUAAUUCAUUAUUAUGUUUUGGUUGGCGUUAUUCCUUUGACUUUAUUGGUCACUGGUGUUAAUGUUUUUAUUGGACCAGCUAAAUUGGCUCCAAUUCCUGAAGGCUAUAGACCUGAGCAUUGGGAAUACCAUCGGCAUCCAAUCACCCGAUGGAUGGCACGCUAUAUUUAUCCCAGUCCACAACAGCAAUAUGAAAAGUAUUUACAUACAUUAUAUGAAGAAGAUGAAAAAUUUAAAGUCAGAAUGGUAACUAACAAAAUUGAUGAUAUGAUGAAGGAUCGAUCAGACUACAAAUCAUUUUAUUAUAGACCUAUCUCUGCUAACCAUCACAGAGUUGUCAAAGAAUCUAUGGAUCGUCAAGAAUCAGAAGGAUUAAACUAA